UCGCAACCAGUUUUCACCAAGCCUUCAACGGGAUCGGAUGUUUUCCCGUCUUGCGGGCAAAUCAAAUUGUCUGCUAGUAAAAACCUCGAUUUCCACGAUCAGCUUGGUCUAGUUAUUAGCCUUGCAAUGAAAUGUUCAUCGGUUACGUUUUAUUGCAUUAUUGGACACAUUUGCUGGUCCUUAAUUGCGGCUAUACCAUCACCACAAUCGAACCAAAUUCUCCGAAAUGGAGCCAAGGCUGUAGGUGUUGAUAUCGUUAGCCCAAGACAAUUGUCUUCCGCUAAUCCCAGUAGCCAACAUUUUUCUGCAAGCGGUCAAAGUCUCGAGGAAGCACGGAUGACUACGGUUGAAAUAAUUCGUAGUAGAGGCUACUCCGUCGAAGUCUAUAAAGUGACAACCGAAGACGGCUAUAUUCUCGAACUUCAUCGAAUUCCCUAUGGCAAAGGUCAAUCACCCGAUCCAAGUGUUAAGAGACAGCCCGUCUAUCUCCAACACGGAUUUCUCAACAGUGACAAUGUGUGGAUUAUUAACUCAAAUGACAAAGCAUUGGCCUAUAUCUUGGCUGACACUGGCUUAUACGACGUGUGGCUCGGCAAUAUUCGAGGCAAUACCUAUUCGCGCGCGCAUGUCAGUUUGGACACCUCGGAAGACGCUUACUGGGAUUUUUCAUUCGAUGAAAUGGGAAAGUACGACAUUCCUGCCGUUAUCAAUUUUGUGCUUGAUAAGACCGGGCGCAGAACGAUGAGCUAUAUCGGUCAUUCAAUGGGAUGUGCCGUAUUCCUCAUUUGCAUGUCCCUACGUCCCGAGUUCAAUGCCAAAAUAGACGUAAUGAUCGCUUUGGCACCCGCAGCAUCUUUGGCCGAGGCUCAGACUAGCAUUCGUUACCAAGCGCGAUUCGUGAACCAGUUGGUGACAUUUUACCGGGUUUUGGGGAUACGUAUCUACGAACCAGUAGAUUCUCCGUCCAACAGUUUCCGGAAGACCUUCUGCGGUCCUAAUUUAAUCCUGCGUUACUCCGUCUGCCGAAACACCAUAUUCAGCACAACUGGUGAUAACUAUCGUGGCAUCGAUGUGAAUAUUCUGCCAGUGAUUGACGGCCACAACCCAGCAGGAACUUCAGUGAGAACAGCAGCUCAUUUUGCUCAGAAUUUCAACGCUGGUCAGACAUUUCAAAGAUAUGAUUUUGGUCCUUCAGAAAAUCAGUUACGUUAUGGACAGCCAACUCCUCCUGAUUACGAGUUGUCCAAAGUCACGGCUCCUGUCUAUAUUUUCUGGGGAGAAAGCGAUAAAGCUGUUGCUCCAGGGGAUGUCGCUUGGUUGGCUUCGAAAUUGGGAAACUUAAAGUCUUCUACUCGAAUAGAAGAUUCAGAGUGGAAUCACUUUGUCAGACUGAUGGUUUUGUUGCUCCGGACAGAUCUCGUUCGGCUUCUCGUCUUUAUUGUAGUGGUAACGACAAAAAGUGAAGGUAAAUUAACGACCGCUUUGACUAGCAAAAUCAAAUGGCGAUCGUUCGUGAACUUGAAAAAUCUGUGGCCUAAAAUGGUGACUAUACCUAAAUAUGAUACUCGACAUACUAAUCCUGAAUCUUCCAUGACUGCAAUUGAAAUCAUCUCUAGUCGAGGAUAUCCGGUGGAAGUUCACACCAUAGUUACCGAUGACGGCUAUAUUCUUGAGGUCCAUAGAAUACCACAUGGUAAGGGACAACAGGCAAAUUCGAAUGUCCCGCCCGGUAAACCAGUUUUCCUGCAGCACGGUUUUGCUAGCAGCAGCGCUGAUUGGGUGAUCAGUCCAUCUGAUCGAUCACUAGCGUUUCGUUUAGCGGAUUUAGGGUUCGAUGUAUGGCUUGGCAAUGCAAGGGGGAAUAUUUAUUCACGUAAACAUACCAGUCUCAACCCAUCAGGCGAAGCCUACUGGAGAUUUUCGUGGGACGAAAUGGGAAAAUUCGACAUUCCGUCAGAGAUAAACUACAUUUUGACAAAGACGGGAAAAACGAAACUAAGCUAUAUUGGGCAUUCGAUGGGUUGUGCCAUAUUUUUCGUUGCCAUGAUCAAUCACCCGGAGCUUAACGAGAAAAUAGAAGUGAUGAUGGCAUUGGCGCCGGCCACGAGUUUAGCCAACAUGAAGAGUCCCAUCCGCUAUUUUGCGCCCUUUGUUACGCCACUUGAAUUUCUCCUGAGGCUAUUUCAAACGCGCGUUUUUAUGACGACGGAUGAUUUGAUCCCGAGGCUUCAGCACAGGUUUUGUCGGGAAGAAGACCACCACAUAACUUUUUUUUGCCGAAACAUAGUCUUUGCAGUGGUAGACGAUGAUCUGCACAAUAUUUCUCCGGAAUUGUGGCCUGUUAUGGACAGUCAUGUCCCCGCAGGAACUUCAGUUCGCACGGCGGAGCAAUUUGCCCAAAAUUACAACUCAGGUCAAACUUUCAUACCUUACAAUUACGGUUGGCUACGUAACCUGCAGAAGUACGGCGGGCGACUGACGCCGCCACCGUACGAUUUGAGUAAAGUCACGUGUCCCGUCUACAUUUUCUAUGGAGAAAACGAUCUGCUCACCGUCCCUCAGGACGUGGCAUGGCUUGCUGAUAAACUGGGGAACUUGAAAGAAUCGAUACGAGUAGACCAUGCCUUGUAUAAUCACUUUGAUUUUUUAUGGGCCACAGACAACAACGUUAUUCUGUACGAUCCAAUCAUUUACCGCUUGCCGUCAGCCGUGUGAUUUUAAGUGUUUACCUGUGAUCCAGUACCAAUAUUGAAGAUGCAUCGGCGCUAAUCUUCGUUUCCAUUUUCGUCUCGUUUAGAGAUCUAUACUUUUAUUGCAUUAUUUACUAUGCGGCAAUCUGCUGAAAGCCGAAUGAAUCAUUCGAGAAUCAAUAUUUAUUAAUUAUAUAACGAAAGUAACUUACUUUCGACCCUAAGGGUGUAGACGAUGUA